AUGGGAAGAGCAGGAUGGAGAAAUCAAACAACUGUCACAGAAUUUAUCCUGCUAGGAUUUGAGGAUCUCCCUAAACUGCAAGGUCUUUUUUUCCUGGUAUUUCUGAUUAUUUACUUGGUGACCGUGUGUGGGAACCUUCUCAUCACCGUGCUCAUUGUGAUUGACCGACGCCUUCACACUCCAAUGUACUUCUUCUUGGGGAAUCUGUCUUGCUUGGAGAUCUGCUAUAGUUCAGCUGUUCUCCCAAGAAUGCUGACUAGUUUCUUGACCGGCUUGAAAGAGAUUUCAUUUGCAGGCUGUUUUGUGCAGUAUUAUGUAUUUGCUUGCCUAGCAGGAACUGAAUGUUAUCUCCUUUCUGCAAUGUCUUAUGACAGGUACUUAGCCAUUUGUAAACCACUGCGUUAUGCAGUCCUCAUGAAUGGCCAGUUGUGCUUCCAGCUCUCAGCUGGGUCUUGGGUAUGUGGGUUUUUGGUCAGCACCAUUACAACCAUUUCAAUGUCAUGGUUGUUCUUCUGUGGCCCCAAUGAAAUAGAUCAUUAUAUAUGUGACUUAAAACCCAUGCUAAAGCUCUCCUGCAGUGACACCUAUUGGAUGGAGCUCACAAAUUUUGUUUUUGCCUGCACAUUCACUUUGCCUCCUUUCCUGCUCACCAUGACCUCAUACAUUUAUAUCAUAGCCACAAUCCUAAGAAUCUCAUCCACUACUGGAAGGAAAAAGACAUUUUCCACCUGCUCCUCUCACCUGUUGGUGGUCAGCCUGUUCUAUGGAACACUCAUAAUGGUCUAUAUGCUCCCAAGAGUCAGCAUCCUAAGGCAUCUUGACAAAGUGUUUUCUCUCUUUUACACUGUCCUCACGCCAAUGGUCAACCCCCUCAUAUACAGCCUAAGGAACAAAGAUGUAAAUGAAGCUUUGGGGAAAAUCCUUGGAAGAUGUUUUAUAGGUCUAAAC